AUGGAAAAACGACCGAGAGCCCUUCUCUUUGACGUUGGCGGCGUCUGUGUCAUAUCUCCAUUUCAAGCCAUAUUAGACUACGAAAAGGCCAACAAGAUACCUAUUGGAUGGAUCAAUUACAGUAUACAGCACACCUCGCCUGACGGGGCAUGGCAUCGGCUGGAACGAGGUGAAGUUCCCCUAGACGCGGCCUGGUUCAAGUCGUUCAACAGUGACUUCCGCCAUCUUCAUCUGUGGAAACAGUUCCUCGAGAAGUCAUCCAAGCAAGCUACUAUCGGGAAUGACAAGAAGAUACCUGAUAUACCUAAUGUUGAUGCAGAGUAUCUCUUCUGGGAGAUGAUGCGAGUCGCCCAAAGCCCCGAUCCAUACAUGUUUCCCGCGUUACAGAAACUAAAGGACUCCGGCCUGUUCGUCAUGGGCGCUCUAUCAAAUACAACCAUCAUACCAGAUGAUACAAGCAAGCUCGACAAGGCCUCCGACCAUGCAGGCGAGCAGGUGAAGCGAUUCUUCGACUUUUUCAUCUCUAGCGCGCACACGGGAUUGCGCAAACCGGAUCCAAGAAUCUACGAGCUUGCAUUACGGGAAAUCAAUGAUGCUAGGAGGGCCAAGGGGAUAACGGGAGGGGAUAUUCGGGCUGAAGAGGUGGUGUUUUUGGAUGAUAUUGGGGUGAAUCUGAAGUGGGCGAGGAAGGCCGGGAUGGGCACGAUCAAGGUCGAUUUGGGGCGGACGAGGGAGGCAGUGAAGGAGCUGGAGAAGCUGACAGGCUUGACUUUGCUGGAGGAUAAGCCGAUGUUAUAG